UACACACACACACAUAUUUAUAUUCAUACAUAUAUAUAUAUAUAGUUAUAUAUAUAGACAUAUACACUGUGUGUGUGUAAACAAAUACUGAGCUGAGUGUGAUUUCGUGAUUGUAUUGCGACAAAUUCGAUCUCGGAUCACGGGCGGAGAAGAAAAGGCGAGGAUCAGGAAUUCUCCGUGGAUGAGCGGAGAAGGUUCUGGAACGAGAAAGGUCAAACUUUGGAGUUGGAGCUGAGCUUGAGGUUUCGUUUUUUCUUCGGAGAAGAAGAGGUUUUGAUCGGGAAAUGUUGUAUUUGAAACAGCCGAACUGUAUCGUGUUUGUAUGGGGAUUCUCGGGUGUUGAAUUCCGUGAAUAAACUUUUUUUUUUUUUUUUUUUUUUUUUUUUCGGUAUAUGAUCUCCUCCAUGCCGUACUGAUAUUGUCCCUGAGCCUGAGGCUCGGGGGAGAUCUGAAUUCUGAAUCGUCCAUGGCGUCCUCAGAGAACGAGCACUCGUCCUCUCACGACUCGGAGGAGCGCUUGCCUCCUCCCGACCACGCCUACAUGCAGAAAUUCAGGCUCUACGAGACUCGAUCGAAAUUUUACAUGAUAGGAAGGGAUAAGAGUAGAACAUAUUGGAGAGUGCUGAAAAUCGAUCGGCAAGAUCCUUCCGAGCUAAACAUUCGCGAAGAUUCUACCACGUAUACGGAAAGGGAGUGUUCUGACCUGUUGAGGCGGAUACAUGAAGGAAACAAGUCAACUGGUGGACUUAAGUUUGUCACCACUUGUUAUGGGAUUGUUGGGUUCAUCAAAUUUUUGGGCCCGUAUUACAUGCUGCUUAUCACGAAAAGACGACAGAUUGGAGCAAUAUGUGGGCACACAGUAUAUGCCAUCUCCAAGAGUGAAAUGAUUCCUCUUCCGAAUUCCUCGGUGCAUUCCAGUAUCGCAAAUUCUAGGAAUGAGAGCAGAUACAAGAAGCUCUUAUGCACGGUGGACCUUACAAAGGACUUCUUUUUCAGCUACUCAUAUCAUGUUAUGCGCAGUCUUCAAAAGAACAUCUGCAAUAACGCAACAGGCCAUGUAGUUUAUGAAACUAUGUUUGUCUGGAAUGAGUUCUUAACUCGUGGAAUACGGAAUCAUCUCCAAAAUACUGUUUGGACUGUUGCGUUAGUAUAUGGAUUUUUUAAACAGGCUACCCUCUCAGUAUCUGGACGUGACUUCAAACUGACCCUUAUCGCAAGACGUUCACGUCAUUAUGCUGGUACCAGAUAUCUAAAGCGAGGUGUGAAUGAAAAGGGCAGAGUAGCAAAUGAUGUUGAGACUGAACAAAUUGUUUUUGAAGAUGUUCCCGAUGGACUUCCGAUGCAAAUAAGCUCAGUCGUCCAGAACCGCGGCUCAAUUCCUCUUUUCUGGUCACAAGAAACUUCACGUUUGAAUAUUAAACCAGAUAUCAUACUGUCAAAGAAGGACCAGAACUACGAAGCCACUAGACUGCACUUUGAGAAUCUUGUCAAAAGAUAUGGAAACCCUAUUAUUAUUUUGAAUCUGAUCAAGACGCAAGAGAGGAAGCCUCGGGAGUCCAUACUUCGAGCAGAGUUUGCUAAUGCAAUUGAAGUUAUCAAUAAAGAUUUAUCUGAAGAGAACCGUCUUAGAUUCCUUCACUGGGAUCUGCAUAAACAUUCUCGGAGCAAAGCUACAAAUGCAUUGCUACUUCUUGGUAAGGUGGCUGCUUAUGCAUUGACGCUAACGGGUUUCUUCUAUUGUCAAGUAACACCAGCCUUGGUGCCUGAGUUCUCUCUUAAGUGGCCUUCCUUUGAGAAUGUAAACAAUGGUGAGUUGUCGUCCGAAAGACAUUCUAAUGACAAUAAUGAGGAUGCUGAAAACUUAGAUGGAAAAGCUAGUGGGGACAGCAGUAUUGCAAAUGGAAAUCAUUCUGUCAAGCAACCCAUGUUUCAAAGAGGGGUACUGAGAACCAAUUGUAUAGACUGCCUGGAUCGCACAAAUGUUGCGCAGUAUGCAUAUGGGUUGGCUGCAUUGGGGCACCAGCUCCAUGCUCUAGGAGUCAUGGACAAUCCAAAAAUAGAUCUUGAUACUCCUUUGGCUAAUGAUUUGAUGGGUUUUUAUGAGAGAAUGGGCGAUACACUAGCACACCAAUAUGGCGGAUCAGCAGCUCAUAACAAGAUAUUUUCUGAGAGAAGGGGUCAAUGGAGAGCAGCAACCCAGUCACAGGAGUUCUUCAGAACUCUUCAACGCUAUUACAGUAACGCAUACAUGGAUGCAGAGAAGCAAGAUGCUAUUAAUAUAUUCCUGGGGCAUUUCCAACCACAACAGGGUAAACCUGCACUCUGGGAGCUGGGUUCAGAUCAGCAUUACGAUUCUGGGAGGGAUAGAGACGAAGAUGGAAGGUCUAUUUUCAAAAGAUCUUUAUCGGAUGGAAACAUUCUUCGUGAAUGCAGCUCACCUAUGUUGACUAGAAAUGGAAAGCAGGAGAAAUUUUCUAAUUCAGUUUUGCCUGAUGAAUCGGAAGACAAGAAGGUUCUUAGUGAAUCAUCUCCUGAAAUAUCUACCUGUGAAAGUGAUGUUACCUAUGCAAGGUACACUCCCUCAAUGCCUCGUAGGCAACUUUUUGGGGAUGUUCAAAGGGACCGAGGCCAUGAAAGUGAUAAUAUUUACUUUUCUGAACACGGUAAUGUGUACAACUGCUCAAACUUUCUUGAUCUGGACUGGCUAUCUUCUUCUGGAAAUUCAUGCGAGGAAGAACCAUAUGAGAGGUCAUCGUUGCUCACAAACUCCCCAGAUGAGGGACUAUCAUCUGAGAAUGUUGUUAAUGGAUUAAUGGGAGAUUCUACCCCAUCCACAAGCGAAUGUGGUUCCAGCUUGAAGGAGAGAGAGCGAACCGAAACAGAGCUCUCCUAUGGUACUGGGCGGGGUUCCAAUGUUCUCGAGGAAUAUUCAGAUAGCUUUGUUCACUGGGUGGACUUUGGAGAAACACUCUGCCAUUGAAGUCUGGCUCAAUUUUCGUCUUAAGUUACACACUACAUUUUCGCUCCCUUCUCAUUUGAUUCAAUCUGUCCCAGAGAUGCCUAUCAACGAAUAACGAAUUAUCGAAUGCGUGCCACCGACACCGGGAACUAGAGAGAAACAAAAGGAAUGGAACCGGCAUCCUCGAAAAGGAUGUUAUUCCUAGAUGCAAUCAUCCUUGCUCACAUGUAUGACGUACAUGAUUGAUUUCAUCAUGAAAAAGAAAAAAAUUAGUCGGAACCUGAUACAAAAAGUACAAAAGAGUAAAUAGUCCAAGUUUUUUAAAAGAAUUCUUUUAGGAGCUCUUCCUUCGUCCGCGCAGUUCGUGGUGACUCUAGGUUUUGUUCUUGUAAGUAUUUUUCGCCGUCCUUGUUGGAGCUCCAUGGUGUUAGAAUUGCAGGUUGAUGAUUCUUUUAUAUUGCUUCAUGCUAAUCUAUGGUCAGGGGGGUUACUAACGAUGGGGACCUAGCGUCUGGGAGGGAAAGUCCCAGUGUAGAACCGAGCCUUGAGCUAUCAAAGACAGACCUAGGGCCUCUAAAUUUUAGUGUACUUCUUAACAUGUUGAGGGUAUUCAAUCAUAAGUUUCCAUGGGUUUUUCCCUUUGCCUA